UUUACUGAUUUACAGUUCUGUAGCAUUUUCAUUUUGUCGUUGACUGCAUGAUUCGCGUUUUUCAGCAAAAAGUAAACAAGAAACCAUGUAAAAGAUUACAAUUUUUGGUGGUUUUUGAUUGAGUUUGAGCGUUGAUUUGUUUCUUCUGCACCAGGCUGACUGGAUCGGCAGCGGAAACCGAGUUGCAGAAACAGUGAAGCAGCGAAUUAUCGGUCUUCGCUGAGCGGACAUGCGUCUGAAUGCUGAUUGAAUCCUUAUUGCUUGCGUGUGGAUUUUGAAUUUCUUGGGCAGAUUAUUUUGCGAACAUGUUGUGGCGAGUGGGGAGCCUGUCGGGGGGUCCGUGGCUGGUGCGCUGGCGGAGCGUCGGACGGUCUCCCUUCGCCGUCGCGCACGCGCAGCCGUCUGCUUGGGAGAGCGCUGUGCAGCUGCAGUCCGCGCGCACUCUCGCCGUCUCCGCUCUCUACCCGACGUUUCUGCGGGGAAAUGAUUUUCUUUCGUCAUCAGCCCGCUGCCUGUCCACCUGGACGUCCGGGGAUCCCCGCAGCGCUUCGUUUCGCAGCAGCGAAAAUGGCCAUGGUUCUUCGCUGAUGAUCAGUCCCUGGGGGCGGUGGUUGCAUCAGCCCGCGGCGGGCUUUCUCGGUCAUUCAUCCGUUUAUGCUCUACACAACGCGGUGCUGCACCACCAGCGGCGCUUCCUGCACGUCAGUCCGCGGCGGUGGGAGGCGGCGGAGGAGAAGUCGAAGGUGGAGCGCACGGUGGAGGCGCUGAAGAAGGACAAGCAGAGCAAGGAGCGCGUGCUGCAGCCGCCCGCGGUGCCCGGCGGCAGCGGCGGCGACAGCGCCGUCGCCGCGGCGGGGACGGAGGAGAAGGCGCUGGCGGCGCCGCCCAAGAAGACGGCGGUGCAGACGCCUUCGCCUGUGUUGGCUGAAGUGCUGCUGAAGACGGCGCAGCUGAAGGACGUCAAGCCUGCGGACGUGACGAAGACGGACUUGCAGAGUGUCGCACCGUUGGUGCAGGAGAUCACCAAGCAGGACAUGGAGCACAUCGAGGACGUGAUCGAGAAGAUCAGCAAGGAGAAGUACAGUCUGCUGGAGCAGCAGGAUCUCAAGGAGGAGGUGCAGGAGUACAAGGAGGACAUUCAGGAGCUGAAGCAGCUGCCCGAGGCGUCCAAGCUGCAGGAGUCCAAAGCGGCCAGACGGCUGACGAAGCGCGUGGACAAGAUGCUGACCAGCAUGGAGAAGCUGAUGCAGGAUCUGGAGACGCAGAAGAGCGACCUCAAGACGGAGAUCAAGGACGACAAGGCGCAGCUCCAGCAGCUGCAGAAGGCCGAGGACGCCGACCGGCAGCGCAUGCUGGACAUGGUCGACGCCAUGGACCAGAAAAAGGACUAUCAGCUGAGCAUCGAUGAGCCGACGAGCACCGUUCGGCGGCAACCGGGCAAGCUGCCUGUGAUUUUCAGCCGCAGCGCUGCGACGCUGGCUGCCAACUCGCGAUGGGAAUCGGUGUCGGAUGCGGCAAUCGAAGAUAUUAAGCACUGCUUGGCGGAACUGGCAAAAUGUCCCUCGAUCGAAUUGGACUCGGGAGACUACCUCCACCGCGUGCUGGAUGGCAUGACCGUUGCCAAGCCGGAACUGCACAAGCACCUCGAUGUGGCGGCCGUGGAUGGCCUGCUGCGCGACCGUCGACCGCUGCGCCUCCCUCCGGCUGUGCACCGGCACUUGCUGGUCACCUCUGUCUCUUUCCUGCACAAGAAACGUUCUCGCUAUUCGAUUCUGAAGUGCACACUUUCCGCUCCCAACGACCUCUCCCGCGAGGCGCGUGCCAUCGUCGCUGCUGCGAAAGACCGUGAAAAGCUAGAAAUGAGUAAAGUCGGCAAAUUGAUGCUGAAUCUCCUUUACACGGAGUUGCGAGCCUUCGCCAGCCCCGCGGUCAUCUCCGGUCUCAUCGACGAAGUGGCAGCUGAACGGCGUGCAGUGGCACGUGCCGCCGCGUUGGACGCGUUCGGUGGAGUCAUGCGAGGAGAUGAGUCUGCAUCUUAUUUGGAUGCCUCGUUGAUGUUGGUUAAGAAAGCGGCUGGGCUUCUCUCCAUUGCGCCUAACGAAUUCAAUCACAUUGAUUCCAGACUUAUUGAGGAUAUGCGCAACGCCCUAUACUUGGUGCGCUCGGGCGCUGUGGGGAGGGAAGCGCAGUUGGUCCUGGGUCAUUACAAGGAGUACGAUUGGCGAGAUUAUGAUGAUGAGAAGUUUGCCGGAGAAAGUGGACGUGUGACUGUCCAUAACGGUUGGGUGUAUUUCAUGGCGCGGAUCACCAUUGUCCACACCAUCUCAGUCGGAGGGCUGACUGCGAGGAUCCUCCGUGCCCUAGGCAACGAUGCUGUAGAGGGCUAUCAGUUCUCCGGGGAAAUCGUUGACCGUCACGGCUGUGGAACAGUUAAAACGAAAAACGCCGACAGCGGAAUACUUCUCUCAGCCCUGCAUGACCCACCGGAAGUAUUCGCCCAGGAAGCCGUCGUGAUUGAAUCGAGUUUCUCCAAUGAGAACACAGCCGUUCUCUUUAUCGAGGCAGCCAACUGGCUUGGGAAAACUACCCGCAUACAGUAUUGCGUUGCGGUCAAAGUCGGCUACAGCAAAGUCUAUUUCAACGGGUGCGUGUGGGUUUUCCGUAAGGUCGCCGCGCCCAUCGGGAAAACUGGACCCGGUAAGAUCGAAUGCGAUCUGGUGUCGACUCCCACUGGAGAAAAAGAUGGUGUGUAUAAUGUGUACAUGGUCAAUAAUCAUCGUGUGACUGCACUAAAGUGUGAAAAAAUGACCAAAGCGGAAAUCCUUACCAUAUUCGACAUGGAUUUAGUAUUCCGGUGCGAGCUAAACAAAGCUGCAGUGUAUGAUGCUGUCAAGUUUGAUCUCCCGAUCGUGAUGCGGAAUGGUGAUAGGAAACUGUAUACAGUUGAUCUGUCGGGCUACUGCAAAGAGGUCUAUUCGGCCUGGCUGCAGCAUAACAGCACUGUUUCGUGAUCUUGUGAUUUGACGCGACAAAGUGUUUGUUCAGAAGCUACUCCUGGUUUUGAUCUGCUUAGACGUUAAUAAUAAUGUUCCUGUGAGUUGAGUAAAUUCCGGUUGAUGGUAUUAUUAAUUUCUGUAUUCUGUAUUGUAAGUACUGUAACAACUGUGCAGCGCUACUCGUAGUACAUGAAUUUUCGUUUUCCUCCAUGCAGUUUGUACGUAUUUUCAGUACUUACACCAUACGGUUGCUCACUACGACGGUAGUAACCAGAACCUACUCUGACAAUUUCUUAUUAUUCCCUGGCUACUUUGAUCCCAUCUAGUUGUCGAACUUUCCAUCCGGUGAUCUGUUCUUUAUUCACCUGUAGUACAACGUGUUAUGCGAUAAUUAAAAAACAGCACAAUUUUUACAACAUUAAAACUUCAUUAAACUUUUCCGCUCCAUUAUUGAAUUCUGUGAUCACUUUAGAUUUUUAUGCAUAAUACUGAAUACGAUCAUUAUGGUGCGUGUUGGUUAAGUGUGUGUGAGGAGAAGGAAGAUUUAUACUGCGUGCGGGAUGAGCACCGAGAGUACGUGUAUCUGUACUCUGUGGUGCAGGAAGCAGAAUCUGUAUGACAGCGAGCGUAUGACUGCUGAGCAUGGCCUGGGCUGACAACAACUGCCAGUGGAAACACGACAACGCACUGUACUGGCAGGAUGCUCGUAGAAAGCAGGCUAGUGUGGCUGUGAUUGCCUCGUCGCGACAUAGUAAUCUCGGCAGAGAAUCUGCUACUGCCUACUGGGACUUGGAAAGCGCCGUCCACCGAGACGAAGGCCACGGCGCCACGCGGCGUGAGUCGCGUGGCGGCCGUGGAAGAGCGCGAUGCGAGUUGGGCCUCUCGUUGCCCGUUGGUGAUUGCGUCCCUUGAGUGCGUUGCUGUUGUACUGGUGUAGAGUACGUAUAACGCACAUGUCUGGUCUGCACUCUGCCCGUUGAACAUGUUCCGCAUGAAGAAGGCCACGGCGCGGAGGACUGGUCGAUCGGAAGGGAUGGCACGGCGCAGGAGCUCUCCGUAUCCUUCUCCGACCACUCCUCGCCCGCGCCUUUCCUCCCUCCAUUUCCUCGUGUUCGCGGGCACGCCCCUGCCGGCUGCCGCUCAUCACGGGAACCUGCCGCAUUCUCCAAGGAGAAUAGUAGGAAUUUCCCAAAUUGCCCAUAUAGCUAUAUUCGCAAUACGCGGUCACACUUCCGGGUAUCCGCCGGGGAACACAGAAUCACCGACUGCGUCAAGCACCGCAGUCCCUGGAUUUGCUUUAUUUUAAACGUUCGGUUAAAAGGUGUUGGUGGAAAAAUUAAUCAUAAUUAUUAGACUGGCAAAUGAUCUCCAUAAAGCUAGCGGUUCUUCCCAAGGAAAUCGCUCAUCAUGUGACAUGUAUUAGCGUUAGGGGCUAAGCGAUUCGAAGCGGCCCUGAGCGCCUCCACGGGGUCAACAUAGUGCGCGUGUUAGUAAUCUGGGUCGGUACUCGUAGUCGAAGAGGGGAUUUUUUGCGCAGGACGGAUACCGCAGCGCGACGCCGCCGACUCCGCGAGCAGGAGUAGUUGGAGAGUCUUUGGAGACGGCCACGCCGCGCCGCGACAUGGACGCCCUACCGCUCCGGCGUGCCCGCUCAUGCCGGAUCGGGAGGAUGCGGGGAAAGCCGUCAAGGAGAACGCGCAGCCAGAGCCUUUAGUUCGCAAAUACGCUAAUCAGCGCGUCGACUCAAAAAUUCGUGCGUAAAUAAAGCUUGUUUUCUGCGUUAGAAUAACUUCUGAACUCGGCGGCGCAGCAGAAAAGCCUCAUGGACCAGCUGCAGCAAGAGAAGCUAGACUGGCGUCGGCCAACCAGCAGAAGAGCGAUGCCCUGCAGCAGUGCGAAGCGCGUCUGCACGAACACAGCGCGGAGUGCGCGGCUAAACGACACUGAUCAUGAACGAGCAGCUGUCCACCAGCGCCAGCGACCGCAGCAGUUUGCUGGCGUCCGUGGAGAGCGAUAAGGUGGCGCUGAGCCGCGCCGUCUCGCAGAACCACGAGCUGAAGCGGCUGCUGGACGGGCUGACGGUGGAGCUGCGGAAGGAGAAGGAGCAGUCGUACCAACUGCGCACGCAAGCUGACGGCUCUUCCCGGCGUCCGCCCAGUCGGAGUCUGAUGCACUCGCAGUGGCAGACGGAGAUAUGGCCGUCAGCACGCCGGCCUUGGCCAGCUCGCAGCCGCAGCCGGCCGCCCACGCCAAGGCCUUCGAGGGGAAGAUCCGCAAUCUGGAGGACGAGAUGCAGAUGUACAAGAACCGCGUCAUCCAGGCCGACUCCGAGGUCAUCUACCUCAAGAAUGCACUGCGCGCAUUAAGGAGUUACAUUGGCUGCUGAGGAGCCGAAGCUGCUGGAGCUGACGGAGCGCGUGGGCCCUUACAAGACCCUGGAUUAGCACAAAUUCGUGACGGCCAUGAACAGAACGCCGAACUACAGGGGCAGGUGGAUCAGCUGGAGCACGUCAUCCUGCAGCUGCCGGGCGAGACGGAGACCGUUGGUCAGACGCUGAAUGACCUUUUCCCUCGCCCAGUAUCCUAAUUACCUAGUUUACCCUGGAGGCGACUACAUUGCGCUGUAGCAGAACCAGCGCAUGCACCCGGCAGGAACAGCGCGACAGCAUGAAGGUAAUCGUCCUAUGGAUGUUAUGUCGGUACUCGGUACUUAUAACCAGCUGGGCUUUGGCACCUGCUGGUCGCCCAACUGUCCGGACUGCUCCGCGGCCGCAUGCCGAAGUGCAGUGGCAAGUUGGCAACACGCCGGCCGGACACCGUCGUCCGUCCCACGUGAGACGUGGGACGGGAGAAGCGGUCAGGGCUUCCCGCUCCUGAUUCGGUGAUUCCUGACGCUGCUGCAGGCCGGGCAUGAACCACCUCGUCCACACACCGGAGAGACGCACCCGCACCGUCCGCUGCACCACACGCCCUACUGUCCCUGCUACGUCGGCGUGCGGAGGGUCGUCUGAACGCCGGAUCAGACAGCGUGUUAUCCACACAAAAGGCUUUAUUUAUUCGUCAGCGUGUUUUCUUAUGGAUUGUCCACUGUGAGAUCUGUAUGCCGUUGAGCUUACUCGGCUGUUAUUGAUGGCUGUUAUGCUGUUUGUACGAUGUUUGUACACUGUACUGUACACUACAGUAUGCUGUUGUUGUUGUUGAGGAUUUUACUUGCUCCAACAAAUCUUGGUUGAGGUCAUUUAAUUCUUCAUGGCAGCAGUGUUACUGCAAUCUUCA